ACACUAGAAAGUGAUACCAUGUCACACAACAACCACCAAGCAUCAUCCUCCACUCCCGGUCGUCGGCCUCCAGGGCGUCCACUUGGCUCCAAGAACAAACCCAAAAUGCCUAUCAUAGAAAACCGUGACAAUCCUAAUGCACUAAAUUCUCAUGUCCUUGAGAUCACUUCUGGAUCCGACGUGUCACAAAGUCUCCUUGAUUACGCUCGUCGUCAAGGGAGGGGCAUCAAUAUCCUCUGCGGAAAUGGAAUAGUGACGAAUGUUAGGCUUCUUCAACCAAUAGGAAAUAUUAUAAUCCUUCAGGGAAAUUUUGAGAUACUUUCGAUAUCAGGUACAGUUUUUCCUUCGGAAACACUAUCAAGUGCAGGUAGAUUGAUAGUUUAUUUAAUGGGGACAUCAGGGCAGGCAAUUGGGGGGAGUGUCAUGCCCCCUUUAAUGGCUUCAGGUCCAGUGACUUUGAUGGCUGCUUCUUUUGCAAAUACAACACCUGAAAAGAUUUCUUCGGUGACCAAUGAUCCCAUAGAAAAUGAGCGUGAACAUGUGACUAACAGGGAUACUGACUUGCUCAAUGCUGGAGAAUCAACAUCUGAAAUGAUAAACAUGAUGAGUUCCCAAACUCACUAUUUCUCAUCUUCUACCCAGGGUCGUAAAUUCGGAUAAGAUGCUACCGUAUUGCAAAAUCACCACCCAAACCUCCCUGUUUCGAGCUUGAUCGAUUAGUAAUUUACAUAUUGAUGUUCAAUAAAAUUCAAUAAACAUUAUUAUGGAAUUGUAUUGUUUGUUUUUAAAACAUUUCAGUUUAUUUAAAUGAAUAAUUUUGUGGGUGGAAUAAAAUUUUGUUGUUUUGGACUUA